CUCUACGUAUCCAGUGAAAGUUAUUUUAAAAAUUACCUUUGUUCAUAAUUACAUCCAGAAGAAGCAGAGGCGAUAACAGGUGUUUCUGUCUGAAGUUCUGCCAAAAAUUUGACUGCAUCUGCAUUUAAAUCUAUCUGAAAUGUUAUUCUGUAAAGGAAAAUCAUACCAUGUACCUGCUGCUUGCAUUAUUGCUUUCACUUUGGUGAUGAUGACGCUAGCUUAUGUUUGGACACAGAGGCACUCUCUCCAACCAAAAAUAACACAAGAAGGCAACCUCUGUAGAGGGGAAAUUGCCAACAAUACAAUCACAGCCUUAAAAGAUACUAGAACUUUUAUCAUUGCCCCGUAUUUCGAUGAUAGAGAAAGCAAAAUGACCCGUGUGAUUGGGAUUGUUCACCAUAAAGAGGUGAAAGAUCUUUUCUGUUGGUUCUGCUGCCAGCCUGAUGGUGAAAUAUACAUAUCAAAGGCAGCAAUAUAUGUUCAUUCAGAUAGAUUUGGAUUCCCUUAUGCGGCAACAGACAUGCUUUGUUUGGAACCUCAAAACUGUGAUCCAAACUUUGUAUCCAUUAGUUGGGCUCGUAAAGGAAAUAUCGACCAACUACCAAGGUUUGAAAUAAAAAACCGCAAAGUUGAGACAUUUCCCGUUGAAUUCACAGUGUGUAUCUCUACCAUGUUUGGAAAUUACAGUAAUGUCUUACAAUUUAUACAGAGUAUGGAGAUGUAUAAAAUUCUUGGGGUACAGAAAGUGAUGAUCUAUAAAAACAGCUGCAGCCAAUUGAUGGAGAAAGUCUUGGAGUUUUAUAUUGCAGAUGGAACUGUCGAGAUAAUUCCCUGGCCAAUUACUUCAUAUCUCAAGGUGUCUCCUGGAUGGAGAUUUAUGGAGGAUGGAACACAUAUUGGCUACUACGGACAAAUCACUGCUCUAAAUGACUGUAUUUACCGCAACAUGUACAGGAGCAAGUUUGUGCUUCUUAAUGAUAUUGAUGAAAUUAUUUUGCCCAUUAAACAUCCACAUUGGAAAAUUAUGAUGAGCAGCCUUCAGGAGCAAAAUCCAGGGGCUGGGAUUUUCCUCUUUGAGAACCACAUAUUUCCAAAAACUGUAUAUGCGUCCACUGACAUAUUCAACAUUACAUCCUGGAAUGCUGUGCCUGGAGUUAACAUCCUGCAGCAUAUUCACAGAGAGCCUGACAGAAAAUAUGUAAUUAAUCCUAAAAAAAUGAUAGUUAAUCCAAGGAAAGUGGUUCAGACUUCAGUCCACUCUGUCCUACAUGCCUAUGGAGACAGUGUGAAUGUUCCCCUUGAUGUUGCCCUAGUUUAUCAUUGCCGGGAACCCCUUCAAGGAAAGCUUCCUAGAGAAUCCCUGAUUAGGGAUACAACACUCUGGAGAUAUAACUCAUCAUUAAUCAUGAAUGUUAACAAAGUGCUGCAGAAAACAGUGUUGUAAGUACAGAGAAUGAGACAGGAGGGAGGGACGGGCAGUGUAUGGAUUACCAAUAUAUAUAGAGAGGAUACUGGAAACAGCACUUGCGGGAGACCCAAGUUACAGAUAAUGUGCAUAUAAAAAGUCCCAUGCAGACAAGACAACAAUCAGUGAAGAAAUCAGAUAAUGAUAAAUACAUUUACCAGUGAUCUAAAGCAUGUGGGACCUUGUGGUAAUCUACAAUGACAUAUGAAGCUGUGAAAAAGACUCAAAUCACUUCAAUUAAUUCUCUACUGCUAUUAAACUGAGUGAAACAUGAGAGCCUAGAGACAGUAGAAAUGGGCAACAUCUUCCCUACACUAACAGCUGUCUGAGCCGUUGGUCAGGGUGUUGGAAGUGAUGAUGCAAGUGAUUAGAAAGGUUAGGUAAAUCUUGAUUUUUUCACAUCCGCUGUCCAACAAACCUGCCAACAUUCUGAGGUUGGAUACUAUCGCAGUCAAAGAAAGUUUGUGUGGCACCUAAUUCCUUUAGGAUCCCUUGACAACGGGGCAGGGCUAACUCCAGGAGAAGAAGGGUUUAAAAAGCCAACUCGUAAGUGACCAGAAGAGCUAGUGAACAGGAGCAGCAAGGAGGGAGUUUUGCUGGGAGUGUGAAAGCCAGAUAUACCUAAUAACCAUUCUCUAAGCUUAGGCCAAUAACCCCCACCCCACCUACCUGCCCACACAAAGAACAACCAUACAUACACCAAAAAAAAAAACCCCUGCAAAAAUAAAAAUAAUGCAGGCAGCAGUCCAGCUGCAGAGUGGGAACUAUCAAGUUUAUUGCACUGAAGGCAGUAUGUAUAAUUACCUGCCCAGUGGGCAGGUGUCAUAUGUGUACGUUUGGUGCAAGCAGCUCAUAGCCCUCAGACUGAGUAUGGGCUCUGGAGACCAGAGUGACUGAAUUGGCAGAGCUAAGGGAGACAUAGGUACAUAGAUGGCACUUUCUGGGGCACAGCAGAGCAGUCCCAUCCCUAGUCUGACAGCCUCUUUGGUGUUAAGGAGGAUGAAAGUCUUGGGGAAGGAGAACAUCAAGAUGGAGCAGACCAUAGUUGGGACCCUCCUUCCAGAUGAUAUCACGGUAUCCUCCUGCACUGAGGAUACCUCUCUGAGGGAAGUUAUUAGGAAGAGACAGAAAUAGUAAUGAAGGAUUUGAUUAUUAAAGUA